AAGAAGAAAGAAGAAAGUUGUACGCUCGUUUUAUUGUGUUCUUCUUUUUCUUCUCUCUCUUCCCUUUUGUCCUCCAUUGCUUUGCUCUGUUCUUCUUCUUCUACUUCUCCUUCUUCUUCUCUCCUACGUCGUUUCUCUAUCUCUCUCUACAUUGACACCAUGAAGCAAUUCAAAGAAAAAUCGCAGGCUUUCGAAAACGAGUUUUUUUUCUUCAUUCAAUGUAACUGAUUCCUUUCUUAACUCUCAGAGGCAAUUUCCAGCAUACCCAGAAGAAAGGGAAAGUGGGUUUUCUUUUCCUCUCGGAAAGUUUCCUUCUUGGCUCCUGUCUCCUCGUUUUCUUUAUCUCUGUUCAAAGGGUCUUGUCGCUUUUUCUUUUGUCUUUCUGGAAAAAAAAAUGGUGGCGGUAAGAAACAUUGUGCUGUUGUUGCUGUCCAUUACUGUUGUGGCUCCGAUUGUGCUCUACACUGAUCGCCUUGGCACGUUUGAGCCUCCUUCUGACAAACAGGAGUUUGUCGAAGAUGUUACUGCCUUUGCUUUCAGUGCAGCAGACUCUAGGCACUUGAAUCUGCUGCCGCAGGAAACUUCAACGACCGUUAAAGAACCUGUUAGGGCUGUGUAUACUGAGGAGGAUUCAAUUAACAGAAGGAAUUUCCCUCGAGGCUUGCAAUUGGUGAAAUCAAGGGAGCAUUUAUCUGCCAGGGUGCUGUCUACUACUACUGAUGAGGAAGAUCAGAAUAAAAAGGAGAACUCCAUUAAAUUGGUUACUGAUGGAAUUAGACAAGGAAAUCAAGUGGGUGGGUCCUUGGAAAAAGGUGAUGGUACCGGUGAAAAUGUAAAUGGUGAAGUUGCUAUUGAUGUUGAUAACAAUGAUGGGAAACUGGCUAGAUCAACCAGUGUUUCUACUCAAGAUCCUCAAAUUAAGGAACAACCAACGGAAACUUCUAGCAAAGCCAAACAGAAAAGUUCUAGAUUGUCUGAAACCAAUAAGCAGCAUGAUCAAACACCAUCUGAUUAUCGGGUAAAGCAGCUGAAAGAUCAGCUUAUCCAAGCUAAGGUCUUUCUUUCCCUUCCAGCUGUAAAAAGCAAUCCUCAUCUCACUCGGGAGCUUCGAUUACGAGUAAAAGAUGUUUCACGAACUCUUGGGGAUGCAAGCAAAGAUUCUGAGUUACCUGGGAAUGCAAACGAAAGAAUGAAAGCCAUGCAACAGACACUGAUGAAAGGAAAACAAGCUCAAGAUGAUUGUACUGCUGUUGUGAAGAAGCUUAGGGCCAUGCUCCACUCGACAGAGGAGCAGCUUCACGUUCUCAAGAAACAGACCUUGUUCUUAACACAAUUGACAGCAAAAACACUGCCUAAAGGUCUUCAUUGUCUUCCCUUACGUCUUACAACUGAGUAUCAUAACAUGAAUUCUUCUGAGCAACAGUUCCCCAAUCAAGAGAAUUUAGAAGAACCCCAGUUAUUCCAUUAUGCCAUAUUUUCGGACAACAUAUUAGCAACAGCUGUUGUUGUGAACUCAACUGUUUCCAAUGCUAAGGAUGCCUCAAAGCAUGUUUUCCACAUUGUUACUGAUAGACUCAAUUACGCAGCGAUGAGGAUGUGGUUUUUGGUGAAUCCACCAGGCAAGGCAACCAUUCAAGUACAAAACAUUGAAGAUUUUACAUGGUUGAAUUCAAGUUACAGUCCUGUUCUUAAGCAGCUGGGUUCUCAAUCCAUGAUUGAUUAUUACUUCAAGGCUCAUCGAGCAACCUCUGAUUCAAAUCUGAAGUUUCGGAAUCCGAAGUAUUUAUCUAUUUUGAACCACCUCCGAUUCUAUCUGCCUGAGAUCUUUCCAAAGCUCAACAAAGUGCUGUUUUUGGAUGAUGAUAUAGUUGUGCAGAAGGAUCUGACUGAUCUGUGGUCCAUUGAUUUGAAAGGCAAUGUAAAUGGUGCUGUAGAAACUUGUGGAGAAAGUUUUCACCGAUUUGAUCGAUAUCUCAACUUCUCACAUCCUCUCAUUGCAAAGAAUUUUGAUCCACAUGCUUGUGGGUGGGCAUAUGGUAUGAAUAUAUUUGAUUUAGUGGAAUGGAAAAGGCAAAAUAUCACACAGGUGUACCACAACUGGCAGAAUCUGAAUCGUGAUAGACAACUAUGGAAAUUAGGAACGCUGCCGCCUGGCCUCAUAACCUUCUGGAAACGUACUUUCCCGCUGAACCGAUCUUGGCAUGUCUUAGGACUUGGCUACAACCCCAACGUUGACCAUAAGGAUAUCGAGCAGUCUGCUGUUGUACACUAUAAUGGGAACAUGAAACCAUGGCUUGAGAUAAGUAUUCCUAAGUUUCGAAGUUAUUGGACAAAGUAUGUGGACUACAAUCAUCUCUAUUUGCGAGAAUGCAACAUCAAUCCAUAGAUAGGUCUUUUAGUUGCCUGACCAUUAAAGUUUUCUCAGCAUUAGCAAAGUUGCAGUGCACCUUUUAGGUCUGCAAUUCCAUCUGUGUAGAGCUCCUAUUUUUUAAAGCUUUACAAUUCUUUCUGUAUACGUGUUUCCAUUUUACAUUCUUAUUUUUUGAACUUGCAAAAACCUGCAGUGAAUGCUAAAUGUACUGCACUUGUAAAUGAAAUGAAGAGGCUAGUUCUUUUUGUUUUC